AUGGGUCAACUUCCUCCUUCCCAAGUUACUCCUUCCCGGCCCUUCACCAACGCCGGAGUGGACUACGCCGGACAGUUCCUCCUGAAAUCAUGGCCCGGUCGCUGCGCUCGUCGUUACAAGGCCUUCCUGGUCCUUUUCGUUUGCAUGGCCACCUCCGCCGUGCAUUUGGAGCUCACCACCGACUAUUCAACAGCUGGAUUCCUGGCCGCCUUCAAGAGAUUCUGCUCUCGUCGUGGGAUCUGUGCCACACUCACAAGCGACUGUGGCACCAACCUCGUUGGAGCGGAUGCGGAAUUACGACGGAUGUUCUCCUCCGCCUCCAAAGAUGUGGGUGAGCUGGCUAACCUCUUAGCCUCCGACGGCACUCGGUGGAUUUUCAACCCCCCCGCCACGCCGCAUUUCGGCGGCAAGUGGGAAGCGGCCGUCAAAUCGACCAAGUUUCACCUGAAGCGAGUUAUUGGUGACACUCUCCUCACCUACGAGGAGUUCACCACCGUUCUCGUUCAAAUCGAGGCCGUGCUCAACCCAUCUGUCCAAUUUCCAGAACCAUCGCUCACGGACAUCCCGCUCGGUCGACUCUCCCGGUGGCAACAGGUUCGACUUAUGGUCGAACGAUUUUGGCAGCGCUGGUCCACCGAAUACCUUCAACGGCUGCAAGACGUUGCUAAAUGGCAACAUUCCUCCAGACAGAUCAAGGUGGGAUCCUUUGUCCUGAUUAGGGACGAGCGUUAUCCCCCUGCCAAGUGGCCACUCGGACGGGUCCUUGAAACGCACGCUGGCGCCGAUGGACUCAUCCACGUCGUGACCGUGCGCACGGCCACUUCGAUCUUCAAGCGACCCAUUGCAAAGCUCUGCCCGUUACCUAUACCGACCAAAGCUUCCAGCAAUGUUUAA